CCGAGAGAAAUAUGCGAUAUUUUCUCGUGGGAUGGCUGGUGGUCUUGGCCCUGAUCAUGGUGGUGGAGUUGGACGCCCGCCUGGUGAGGAUACGCCGCAUCCGGAGACUGGUGGGCGGGGACGAGCGAGAUGCCCAGAUCACGGACUUCCGGGUGUCGCCACAGGACGACGAGGGUGUGUUUAAGUACGCUUUCAAGACAAGCAACGGCAUCGAUGUCCAGGCGGCGGGAAAUGCCCUGGAGACAAUUGGCAUCUACAGCUACACCUCGCCCGAGGGCGUACCCAUCGAGACGCGCUACAUAGCCGACGAGCUGGGCUUCCAUGUGGUAGGCCGCCAUCUGCCGCAGCCCCCGCCCACGCCGGACUACAUCCUGCGAUCCUUGGAGUACAUUCGCACCCACACGGAGGACGGCAAGCUGAAGCCGCACGUGUUCUGAAGUUCCUGGCGGCGCGAGAGCAACUUCAAUCCGCAUAUCCUCAUCGAAUUGGAUGCAAGUGUCCAAGAAGAAGGCUGACCAUACCCAUAGCACGUACUAAUCGCCAACUAACUAAGACAUUACCCCCAAUCUAAGCUAAGCCAAGAUCGUUGCUAGUUGUUGUAAGAUCCAAAACUGCGCAAAUGUUUUCCCCCAUUGUUCUUGGAGCGCUCGGGACCUUGGGGCGGUUCUGCCUGGGCCAUAAAUCAACCCAUCCGUCGAUUCUUCCGCGGCGUGAAUUUAUGGUAUCUGCGACCAUAGAGAGCAAACAAAGGCACGCCCAAACACAGACUCCGCGCGAUUGACCCCAACGAAUUCUAGCUUGUUAUCCCAUUAACUGCAAACAGCUUUAUUUGUCUGCGUCUCUGCCUGUCGUCUGAUUAAUAUUUACGUCUAUUCUCAGAUAUGGAAAUUUGAAAACGAUUGAAAACUGGAUGGAAAUGAUCCGCGAUUCGAUGACUUAAUAAUAAAUACGGAAAUUUCUAUCUCCAAAA